AUGAUGUCCUCACAGAACGACGAGGACCCCUUUCUGCAGGUGCAGGCCCCCGAGCUCCGCGAGGCCCGAGGCGAGCUCGAACAGACGCUCCAGGACCUGAGCCAAGACCUCGAAGACCUGAUAGAGAGCGUCAAAGCCGUCGAACACGACCCGUACCGCUUCGGGCUUGAGAUUGAUGAGGUCGAGCGUCGGAGGCGAUUGGUCAAAGACGUAGGGGGCGAGAUCGAGAACAUGCGCGACGAGCUGCAGCACACAAUUGAGGAUGCGAAGAACAAGGGCAAGACUGCUGCCAAUGGCGAUGCUCUGCCUGAUCCAGACUCGUUCGAGGAAGACGAUGCCUAUGCGGCUUACGAGCAGGAGCAGCAGCUCGAGAUGAUGCACCAGCAGGACGAAGCCCUGGAUGGCGUCUUCCAGACCGUCGGGAACCUCCGUCAACAGGCCAACGACAUGGGCCGCGAGCUUGAAGAGCAGGUCGAAAUGCUCGACGAUGUUGACACAGUGGCAGACAGAGUGGGAGGCAAGCUGCAGACUGGCAUGAAGAAGGUUGGCUGGGUGAUCAAGCAGAACGAAGGUACAGCUAUUCCGACUUGGCAAAUCGGACUUUGCUGA